GACGGCUUUUGUUUGACCAAAUUAUGUGAAUGAAGAGAAGUGCAAUCUCAGCAUUAUUCAGAAUAGUGUUAGAACAGUCAUGCUGUUGUUCAAUGGUAAAAUGUGCUUCUGGCACGCUAUUCUUUUUGUACAUAUCAAACACUCAAGACAUUUAAAAGCAAAGUAUGUGAUUGUUUAUAUUAAAGCGAUCAGAGACGUGAACCACCAACAAAACAGCUACCGAUUCAUUGGUCAGCAGCUUUUUGAGCCAACAGAGUCUUGAUAUCCUCCUCAAACAACAAUGGUCGG